CGCAUUGCCGCAGCCACAACUCCGUCCAUCUUCUUCAAUUUGUGGCAGCGCUGCCACAACCGCUCACCCACCACUCCUUCCCCCAAUUUCUCGCAUUCAUAACACCUCCCUCCCGGUUAGAGAGUGACGCACCAAGGAGGAGAAUCCGAAGCAGAAUCCGAAGCAGCAGCAGCAGCAGCAGCAGUGAGUCAGCAAUGCAGGGCUCCAAGACCAAAUCUGGCUCUGCCGAGGCGAAGAGCAACGGCAAGCCGCCGGAGAAGAAGGGCACGCCGCCGACCCCCAAGGACAGCAAGCCGCGCAAGCCGGCUGUUCCCAAGUCGACUGCCGCCCAUGGCACGCCGCCGAGUGCGCCGCGCGCGGCUGAUAAGUCCCCCGGGUCGGCCGACCGCAAGGCGCCCACGACCAAAGCCGCCCCCCGGCUCACCACGCCUCCUGAGAAGCAAGGGAAGGCCGCGAAGCCUCCUCCUCAGGAGCUGCAGGCACUGCUUGCCGCGGUUCAAGAAGAGCUCACGACGGCGAAGGAGCUGUUGAUGGAGAAGGAGAAGGAAAAGGGCAAAGUUCUGGAGGAGCUGGAGCGUGCUAAGAAGGUGGCUGAUGAGGCCAGUGCGAAGCUGCAGGAGGCACUCGAUGUGCAGAGGAAGCCCACGGAGGCAGCGGAGGCUGAGAAGUCCUCCACCGUCGAGUCGGAGCAGACAAGCAUUGGGUCGUUGCAGAGGAAGCUGGAGAGCAUGCAGAGCCAGCAGGAGGCUGAUGCGGCCGCACUGCGGUCGACGGUGGAGCAGGCUGAGAAAGCAAGGUAUGAGCUGGCAGAUGCAAUCGAUGCCAAGAACGAAGCGCUCAGCCAGGCAGAUGAUACCAUGAGGGCCGCUGAGGCGAAUGCUGAGAAAGUCGAGCUCCUCAAUGCCGAGGUUAAGCGCCUGAAAGAGCUGGUUGAUUCAAAGAUGGAUGGCAAGGCGAAAAAAGCUGCUGAGAGGAUUCAAAAGCUUGAGACAGAGAACUCUAAAUUAAAACUUGAGCUUGAGAAAGUAAAAGCUGCUGAAGAGAGGGUGGCUGAGCUGGAGUGCAUGGUUAAAGAACUUAAUAUUGAUGUCGCUGAUGCUAAGAAUGCAGGAUCAAAGUCGAGUGAGUUAGCUGAUGAAUGGAAGAAGAAGGCGCAGCUGCUGGAGGUCGCAGUAGAGGAAGCUGACCGAUCUAACAUUUUGAAGGGCGAGUCUUUGGAUUCAGCAAUGAAAGAACUGGGUGCAACAAGUACUUUGCUCCGGGAUAAAGAAUCUGAAGUUGCUGUUCUUCAGGACAAGGUCAGGUUUUUGGAGGAUGAGGUGGCUAGGCAGAAGGGAGAUAUUAAUGUGUCAGGCGAACGGUUUGAUGCUGCAGAGAAAGAGGCGGCUGAUUUAUGGACAGAGGUUGAAGGGCUUAGGUUGAAGCUCCGUGCAGCGGAAGAAGAGAAAUUGGAGGCCUUGAACAGCAACAAAAAUGCUAGUUCAGAACUAGAGACCCUGACUGAACAGAAAAACCAGCUGGACAAGGAGCUUGAAGCUAGCAAAGAUGAAGCUGACAAGGUUAAGAAGGCAAUGGAAGGUCUGGCCUCAGCCUUACACGAAAUGUCAGCUGAAUCUAGAGAGGUACAGGAGAAGUACCUUAUGAAACAAGACGAAAUUGAGCGUGUCCAGGCACAGGUUGAGGAGCUUAACAUGAGUCUGAAGAAUACUAAGGAGAACUAUGAAGUGAUGCUUGAUGAAGCAAACUAUGAGAAGGUUUGCCUUACGAAGUCAGUUGAAAGAAUGGAAGCAGAAGCUAAGAACACGCAUGAGGAAUGGCAGUCCAAAGAGCUAAGUUUUGUAAACUCUAUUAAGAAGUCAGAAGAAGAAAUAGUCGCUAUCAGACUUCAGAUGGAUAGGACCUUGGAGGUGGUGAAAGGCAAGGAAAAUGAAAACGCUCAGUUGCAGGAGAAGAUGCAGCACCUUGAAGUUCAGCUAAUGGAAGCUAACAGAAUCAGAGAGGAAGCCAAGGCUGAGACUUUGCAAUGGAAGGAAAAACUAAUGGACAAAGAGAAUGAACUACAGAACAUAAAACAGGAGAAUGACGACUUGCAGGCAAAGGAAGCAGCUGCUUCUGAGAAGAUUAAAGAGCUGUCUUCCCUGGUUGCAAAUGCAAAAGAUGGCAUGAUGAAUGGUGGUAACAAGGAAGACGAUAAUGAGAAGGCUACCAGUGAAGAGGAUGAUGAACCGGUUGUGGUAGUUGCCAAAAUGUGGGAGAACAGCAAGUUCACUGACUAUGAUUCAUCUAAGGAGAAUGACGAUGACUCACAAGCCGAUUUGGAAUCAAACAAAGGAGAUGCAACUCUUGACAGCAACGGGUUGCACUCGAUAAAGGAGAACAGUAGUAGUGCAUCACCAACCAAACAACCUCGGCAGCAAAAGAAGCCUUUACUGAAGAGAUUUGGUGGUUUGCUGAAGAAGAAAAGCAAAAAUUAGCAUGAAAUCAUCUGAUGGUAUUUCUUUGUUCUAUGCCAUGUGACCUCUCUUGCUUUGAUUAACCAUCUAGUUUCUGUGCCUUGCCCCCAUCAUGGUAAAGCAAAUGUUGGAUGUUUCAAAGAAUACAAAAGGUUGAUAGUACUUA